AUGAAAUAUUCGGAAAAAUUGGAUUUUUUGAAGACCUACGAUGAGGUGGACAAUGUAAGUUUUUUGUAAAAUACGAUGUAUUACAUCUUGUUUUUAUAAAGAAAAUAGCCUUUUAAAAGAAUUUGGAUCGUAUUUUUAGGAGUCGGUUUUUAUUUUGGCGAUGCUGGGAGCGUUUUUGAAGAUCUGCGCAAUUGUUCUUUUGACCGUCUACAAUGUGGAUAACACCACUUUAUUCGCGAUGACAUUGUCGCUAAUCGCGAGUAUGUCACUGCUGACUGGAUAUGCCUUCGAUUGGAAGUACUUUUAUCUGAUUUACAUUGGAAUUUCGGUGAGUUUUUUUGAGAAAAAUGAUUAUUCUUUCAGUACUUCCCAAUCAUCAUCAUCUACAGCAUCCUAAUCCAAGGUGAAUUCAGCCAAAAGCUGAUGCUCUUUCGCUCGUUCACACUGGCAAACGACGGCUUUACGGUGACCAGUCUGCUAUGCACAGCGGUUUUUGUUCUGUUCAUGUUCAUGCAGACCGUUUACAAUGUCAUCGUGUACAAGGGCUUUUUAUUUUUAAAAGAAAACUCUCCUGACUCGGAGGAAUUGAGCUCAAUUAAUAGUAGUGAGAGUGAUGAUAAUGUGUGA